AUGUCUGAUGACGUUUAUGAAAGUAGUCAAGAGGAUGAGUUAAGCAAGAAGAACAGGCUAGAGAGUUUUCUAGAAAACGAAAGUCAACGUGACAACGACUCUUUGUCGUUAUCUCUUCGCACUGAGGCUGUGGAAAGUUUUUUGUGUACAUCUCCUUCUGGAGUUAUUCCGCAUAUUACAAGUUCUGAAUUGGCCAGAAACAUUCAGCCGGAAAAUUUUACUGCGGAUGAGUUAGAGGAAGCUCAAAUAACUAUCGAAGAGGACGAGUUCUUUUUUGACGUUCCACGGGACAAAGUUAAUGCUUCGUCAAUCCUUUCCGGUUUGUUAGAGGAUCACAGUGGAGUAAAAGAUGACCGUAGUUGGGAGUCCACAUUGCCGGGUCCCUCAAAUUCUAAUCAGUAUCCUAAUGCCGUUGAAGGGGCCCAGGCGCUACUCGGUAUGAAUCAGACAGUUGCCACUUCUGGAGUAGAGUUUCAAGGAGCAUAUAAUUUUGACGUCACUGUAGAAUCUGCAAAAAGAAAGAAAACAGGUGAUUAUGUGUACAAUGAGAGCGAAAGAUGUUUGUUUACAAAACCGUUUAUUGACGUUCCUUUCAAAGUUUCGUGCUCGGCUUAUCCCCCUGCAGACAGCAUAAUACGUGUAUGUGCGUUCUAUGCGGAAGGGAAUCAUGCCUCACAACCUGUAAGAAGAUGUCCGAACCAUUUGGGAUCUGACGAAGGUGCUACUCGUGAGCACUUUAUUGUGGCGAAAUCCUCUUCAGUAACAUAUGUGGAAGCUAGGUGGGUAGGAGAUAGACCACAUUUAACUGUCCCUUAUCCCAAGCCAGACGAGCCUCCAUUUAUUCCUCUCCAGUUUAAAUGUUUUUCUUCCUGUCCUGGUGGUAUUGGUCGCCGUUCUGUUUAUGUGGAUUUCUCUCUUGAAAAUAAUGGUGGACUUUUGGGCAAGAAAAAGGUAACACUAAAAGUUUGUGCAUGUCCAAGCCGGGACGCUGCUGUUGACGGUUUUGAACCUCCUCCCAAAAGGAAACGAACGAUUACGUUGCCGAGAAAGAUGGAGGUAAUUACAAAAAGUGCCGCAGCGUCCAAGAGUGAAUUCACAGAGGACGACGAGACUAUUUAUGAAGUCCAGAUACGUGGUCGUCACCUUUACAAAUUGGUUUGCUCUAUUGUUUACAAUUAUGAACUAAGCCGUCGAUAUUUGAAAGAGAAGGAGGAUGGAGGAGUUGAAGUUCGUCAUCUUAGAAGUCGUUCUCGUACACUUUCCGCCAACACCUCGGUUGCCUCGUGGUUAGCUGGAUUAAAUUGUCCUCAAUAUGAGAAAUUGUUCCACUCGCGUUCACUGUGUGUGUUGGGUGAUUUGGAAGGCGUUAUUAAUAAGAAGUUUCUAAAGUCACUUGGAGUCGCAGAAUCGGACAUCACUGUUUUACUAAACUCCUAUUUGUCGUGGUUUGAUGUUUACAACGCUCAACGUCUUAGCAGUCUAUCAUCUGUGGGCUCAAGUUUCCGCGUACAGCGAACUCGUCUAUUGUCGAAGGUUUAUGAACAUUUUUAG